AUGUCGGGGGACUCGAUGUUUCAUACUGCGUUGUGGACAUCUGAGCACUCUUCAUCGAUUCCUCCUCUCAAAUCCAUCAAACUCUGGGCUCAUCUUCAUGGUGUUCCUUUGGAUCUUCGCCACACUAAAGGUCUUAGUCUUGUUGCCGGCUUGAUUGGUCAUCCAAAAGAGACUGACGACUUUACUAAAAACCUUGUGAGUCUUACGGAGUCGCAUGUGAAAGUGGAGCUGGACUUGACAGAGCCUGCACCAACAGUAGUAGAAUUUGAGCGUGAAAGUGGUGAGGUCGUGGAGGUACUUGUUACUUACCCUUGGUUACCACCCACUUGUUCACACUGCCAAGAGCUUGGUCAUGUUAUUAAGAACUGCCUCACCUGGACUCCACCUGAAAAAGAAGAUACACAACAUCAGAAAACUCCUUUAAAAGGAAAGAGCAAAAGCAGGAAAAAAGCAGCAAGGCCUACGACUAGCUCUGCUGUCAAUACGGAUGAUCCCUCGGGUCCUAAGGUCCCACCAGACCCUAAAGAUACUGUGGGUAAUUCUACUGCUCCUAUGGUUCUUGAUCCUAUUUUGGCCUCUACUUCUUUCUCUUUUGGUUCCAAUAUUAAUCUUCCCUCCACUAAAAAGCCCCCCUCCAGAAAAUCAUCUCAAAUUUCUUCAUCUCCUUCAACUCCUAAAAAGCCCCUUAGUCUUUCUGAGUUUGCUGAGAAAAAGAAACUUAAGCGAACAAGGUCGGAUCCUUCUUUUGAUUCUCCUCCUCACCAAACUGCCAGUACUACCGUUCUGCCUAAAGGAGUACUUGGUCCUCUCCCCCUUCCACUCUCUAAGCAAAUUUCUAUUCCUAUAAAUAAUUCCUUUUCAGCUUUUACUUCUUUUGAUUCUCAAGGGCUCUCCUCUUCAGGGGUCCCUCCCUUUCUUUCCUAA